CAAAUACAUAUCACUUUUCUGGCUUUUAUCAGACGAGCUGAUCUUGAGAAGUUCAUUAGACUACAAUCAUCUACAGUAUAUCCAUUUACCUCAAAGAUGUCUUACCCAACUACUCUAGGGCUAAUUGGUGGUGGAGGAGGUGCUUCAUUUUCAUUUACGGGUGAGAACAAUGGCGCCAGUUUAGAGAAGAUCGGGGUCUGGGUGGGAGAAUGGCAGGUGAAGGCUGUCAAGGUUUGGCUUUCAGAUGGUAGAAAUCAAACCUUUGGCAAUCCAGAUGGACCAUAUCAAGAGUACAUGUUCAAGCCUGGUGAGUGUUUCACCGCACUGUCCCUCUGGGGGAACGGAGCAGGAACACGUCUUGGAGCCAUCAAAUUCAAGACCAGUGAGAGUAGAGAAUUUUUUGCAAAGAUGACAAGCUGGGGUUUGAAAAAAGAAUAUCCCAUGGAUGUCGGCUCUGGUUAUUGUUUGGGAGUUGUAGGAAGAGCUGGUGCAGAUAUUGACUCCAUGGGAUUCAUGUUUCUCAAUGCGGUUCAAUCAACAGUUCUCACUAAUGUCAACUAUCCCACAAUAAACCAACUGAUACCAAAGGUGACCAUGGAAGAGAUCAAAUCAUUAACUUACAAGAACAGCAGCUCCAUCACUCAAAAGCAAACAAUCGAAACCUCAAAGACAAUAACCACAAAAUCUUUAUGGUCUGUGACUCUAAGUCUUACAGCAACAUUUAGUAUGGAAGUGAAGGCAGGCAUUCCAGUGCUUGGAGAAGUUACAGCAGGAUACAGUGUCAGCAUUGGAGCAGAAAGCACUUACAGUCGUGAGCACUCAGAUGAGAGAAAGGAAACUCUGUCUACUGCUGUAGAUGUUCCACCAAGAAAGAAGUUGGAUGUUGACAUCACCAUCGGCAGAGCCACGUUUGACCUGCCUUACACUGGCACAGUGAUCAUCACUUGCAAGAACGGCGGUGUGUUACAGUAUGAAACCAAGGGCCAAUACAAAGGCAUCACUUACACUGAUAUCAAAGUGGAUACUAAAGAAUCUGAUUUGUAAUGUGAAGACAGUUUAUACAUGCAACACAAAUUAUUUGAUUUUACUUUUGAUUUGAUGAGUUAUGUAUCAGUUAUUCUACUUAUAAUUUCAGGGGAAAUUACAGGGGUGUUCAGGGGAAAUAUAUAUUCAACAUUGUUAUUCUCAAAAUAAUAUUUUACUAUUUAAAUACAGAAUCCUUCAGUUUAUACUUUGUGCGAUCACUUUAAUCUCUAGUACAUCAAUUAUGUAUCAGUUAUUCUACAUUUAAUCAUAAUUUUCUUGGGUGUUUGGGUGUUCAGGGGAAAUAUAUAUUCAACAUUUUUGAUCUUGAAAUAUAUAUAUUGUUAUUUGAAUACAGAAAUAUUCGUUCAGGUUAUACUUCAUGUAAGAAUUUCAAAUGUGUUUAAUCUGAUCUUUAAUAAAAGGAUUACAUUUUAUUAAAUAAAUCAUGGUACACA